GUCUCUGUUGUGCAUGGAUACUUCUUUGAGAAAGAUUCUGGGAAACAUCCCCAAAGAUAUCAAGAAACUUAGGAUAGAAAACUCUCAUUUAACUGAGCUGCCUCAUGGGACCUUUUCUAACAACAGUGCCUUGGAAUUCCUUUGGCUCAACUUUAAUAACAUCACAGUGAUUCACCCAGAAGCCCUGGAGCAUCUGAGAGACUUGAGAGAGCUGAGGCUGCAAGGGAACAGGUUGUGUACAGUGCCAUGGACAGCAUUCCAAUCAACUCCAGCUCUAAACAUCCUUGAUCUCAAACACAACAGGCUCGAUAUUCUGCCCAAGCAAGCACUUCAGUAUUUGGUUAAUCUUACCUACUUAGACUUGUCCUUUAAUGAACUUAUGGUGGUGUCUGAGGAUGUCUUCAUCCAGUGGCCCAUGUAUCAGAAAAGCCAGAAACUCAUCAGCAGGGCUGAAGGCAUGUCCAACGUGGUGCUGGCUUUGCACAAUAAUCCAUGGAUGUGUGAUUGCCAUCUAAAGGGGCUGGUCCAGUUUUUCAAAUUCAUCAGGCCCCCUGUCAUCCUAAUGAACUCCUAUCUGAUGUGCCGGGGUCCUCUUUCCAAGGCAGGGCAAUUUUUCUAUGAAGUAAAGCUCAAUAGCUGCAUGAAGCCAAAGACUUCAACCCCUAAUUCUAACAUUACUGUCCAAGUGGGACUAAAUAUCAGUCUAAGCUGCCUGGCACAGGCAAGCCCCUUACCAAACAUUGUAUGGAAUUAUCCACUGAAGAAGUUGAAGGAAUUUGAUGUGUCUACCUCUCCUAUUGGGGAAGACUCCAUUCAUUCUGAGCUGGUGAUACCUUCAGCCCAUCUGACAGAUAGUGGCAACUAUACCUGUGUCGCCAGCAACUCCAUGGGCAGCAGCUCUGCCCCCAUCUCCCUUCAGGUUCAGCCUGUGCCCUCUUCCUCCUCCUCCUUGACUUCCUCGGGAGAGCACUCCUACAUUUACGUGAGGAUCACCAAGCAAACUGUUUAUGGAAUCGUGCUCGAGUGGUACGCUGCCACAGACAACCCUUCAGAGACCUGGUUCACACUCUACUUUGGAAUAUAUGAAGCUGUCAAGAAAGAAACUGUCUCUAUUGGCCCCGGGAUCAACACCUACUGGGUGAAUGACCUGCUUCCAGCCACAAAAUACGAGGCAUGUAUCAGCCUACAGAGCCAGCCACCCCGCAAGGACCAGUGCAUUGUCUUUGUGACGGGCAAUGACAUCAGUGAGCUGUACAAGAGGGAGAAAGUCAUCCAUAUUAUUGUUGUGCUUUGUGCCUUGGCCCUGGCAGUGCCUGUAGGCAUGUACGUCUGUGCCUCAGAGGCCCAUCUUGGUUGCUUGGGUCACUGUCUGGACAAUUGUCCUCCUAGGAGAAAUGGAUCAAGAUGCCCCAGCACUGUCAUUGAGAGCAGGGAGACCAUGUUCAACAACCUGACAACUGGCAUUGAGGAGGGUCUCUGUCUUGGGGAGAUCAGAGAGGAUCAGAGCCAACAAAUCCCCGACAGAGAGUCAAAAUAG